AUGGAUCCCACCAAACCCAACUCUCUCGACACUUCACCGUCCGCUUCUCAAACCAACAACACCAAAACUUUCGCAGAAACCACAGCAAACAUACAAUUUCCAAAAAAAGACCAAGCAAUCGUUUUUAACUCUAUUGAAGAUGUCCCUCAAAUUGAGUAUAUUAAAGCCUUCAGUCAACUUACUUCACCAACCAACAUCACAUUCGCAUCUAGAAUAUCUAAUAAUAGAUUUUGCAUUUACUUUACAAAUAAAAAUAUUGUCGAACAAAUAAUUAGCCAGCAGUCACACAUUGUCAUAAAUAAUUCAAAGAUAACAUUCCGCCGUCUAAUUAACCCAGCCAAAAGAAUAAUAUUAUCUAACGUUCAACCGAUCAUACCGCACGAAGCAAUUAAAAACGCAAUCGCAAAUUUGUCAAUUAAAAUACUAUCACCGAUUACCUUUAUGAAGGCCGGUUUCACUGAUAAUGAAUAUGGGCAUAUUGGUAGCUUCCGCCGACAAUUAUAUAUAAACCCAGACGACAAUGAUAAAUUACCCAGCUCAAUCUUAAUUGAAUUCGAACAAACAGAAUACCGUAUCUUUCUAUCAGAUGACACGGUAAUAUGUUACCUGUGCAAACAAACUGGUCACACAUCAAAUCGAUGCAAAAAUGCAACAGAAAAUAAAAUUACUGAUUCCCAACAGAGCCACCAAAAUUCUAUCCCAAGCGUCAACGACACAGAAAGUAACACUCAACAACAUGAUUUCGAACACCAAUCAAACAGUACUAGUAAUUCUCCAUUUUCCUCCCAAGAACAAGUGGAACAAGUAAAACGACCAGCGCCUUCAUCAUCUUCUAGCAUUUUAAACAUGGAUAAUGACCUCACCACAGAAAAUCCAAUUAAUCUAUCUCAAACAAAAAGUAUCACACAAAACGUAAUAAUCAACAAGAGCUCAUUAGUAACAAAAUUAAAAGAGUCACAAUCCAAAGAAAGAAAAGCAAACAACCCACCAACAACACAUCCUACAACUCCAAAGACCAACGAUUCCAACCCUAAAGCCAAUAAGCCAACCCAACCGCUCACAAAAAAACCAAAACGAUCAAACUCAAUUGAACAAAUUAUAUUAAAAUUAGACGAGUCGUUAGCAUCAGCCAAGCUGGAGUUUGAAAAAAUGCCAAAUCGAAAAAUAGAUUUUAAUCAACUCAAAUACAUAAUAGAAAAUACACUCAGCACCCAGGACCCUUCUAGUGUUCUAAAGGAGUUCAAUAUAUCGUGGAUGGAAAUGAUCGAAAUUCUGGAUACGAUCCGCCCUAAGGUUAAAAAUCUAAGCAUCAAAAACAGGCUAUCCAGACUCUCCAACUCCCUACUCGAUAUAACUCUAGGUAACAACCCUACCACAGAGCAAUUAUAA